GGCAACAGCAGCGGCGGGGCUGGCACCGGAGAGUGAGCACUGGGGGAGGGGUUCUCCCGUACGGGAACACUGCUGGAGGCUGCGCCCGGCAGUUUCAGGUUUCUGAGACAGAUUCAAAGUUACCUCCAGAGACUUGAGCUGGACACUGAAGACGGGCAGGUUUUCCUUUUAUUCUGAGAACGGGCAGGAGUCCAUCAGGAAACGACGACCGAGGUUAAAGAGCGCAGUUGUGGGGACAUCAUCUUCUCUUUGGAGAGCGCUGAGUUCCAGCGGCAGCCCAGGGCCUCUCAGUAUGGCAGCAAGGGCAUACAAAGGACAUGGAAUGAGGAGGCCACAGUGAAAUGUUGAUAGUUCUCUCUGAAUACACACUAACCAAAGGAGUAAGAAACUCUUGAACUGUUGGAUCGUGUUAAGUCAAGUGGGCGACAUGGCUCAGGCGAGUCUCCUAGCCUGUGAGGGCCUUGCAGGUGUGAGUUUGGUCCCCACGGCAGCCAGCAAGAAGAUGAUGCUGAGCCAGAUUGCCAGCAAACAGGCAGAGAACGGGGAGCGCACGGGCAACCCAGAGGUGCUGAGGUGCUCAGGCCAGGGUCACCGAAAAGAUGGAGAAAAGUCGAGAAACCGAAAAGAUGACAGCUCCACAGCUGAAGCUCCUCCACCAAAAAAAGUUAAAAAGAUGGUGGUUGUGGAGCAGAAUGGCUCUUUUCAAGUGAAGAGCCAAAAAAACUUUAUUUGUGAGCAGUGUUUUGGAGCCUUUAGAAGUAGUUAUCACCUCAAGAGGCAUAUCCUCAUUCACACAGGGGAGAAACCAUUUGAAUGUGAUGUUUGUGAUAUGCGGUUCAUUCAGAAGUACCAUUUGGAGCGCCAUAAACGUGUGCACAGUGGAGAGAAACCCUACCAGUGUGAACGAUGUCAGCAGAGCUUUUCCCGGACAGAUCGUUUGCUCAGACACAAACGGAUGUGCCAAGGGUGUCACUCCAAAACCCUUGAUGGGCAAUUUUCCCUCUAGGCAUGGGGCCCAGGGUGGUGGGAAGGAUCAGAAGAGCUUGCUGAAGAUGCUGCCCCCUCUGGUUCUGAUGGUGCCACCACCUCCCACACUUCCACAUGCCUCUUCUUUCUUCUCUUCAUGGAGGAGGGGACCAGGAGAGUCAGAGACCUAACCUACAUCAGGGGACAGGGCACCAGAGCCACAGCCCUGUAAAUAAUCUGAGAUUUUGGUGGCUGGAGGGUUUUUCCAGCAAUUCCUGGGAGGGUUGACCAAUCUCUGAACCCUUGAUUAAGCCAUGGAAAGGGACUCAAGAUACAGGACCAAGACAGAACAGCGGAUCACACAGCCAUGAACUCCAUAUGGGAGUGGAAACUGGGAAGGGGUGUGUGUGAAUGUGUGUAUAUGUAUAUGUAUACAUAUACGUAUAUAUGUACAUAUAUGUGUGUGUUUGUGUGUAUACGUAUAUAUGCAUAUGUGUGUGCAUAUAUAUGCAUAUGUAUUUAAUCCAAAAGUGAUUUUACCAGAUGAACUGUGGACAUAGAUAACGUGAAGGCAUGGGACCCCAGGGCAAAGCAGGGACUGUGAUUGUCCUGAUCAUCCCCCACAGAUGGCACCCUGGUUGCAUUUUGCCUUCAGCAUUUACAUGCCCUGUACCUCACCACCUUCUCUGAGGCAGGUGGGGAGCAGAGAUGGCUGGCAGCUGAGCUUACUGUGGGCUAUGGAAAGAGGUCCCUGGGAGGCAGGGGCAGUUGGACACACGCAAGAGUGGAUAGGUAUCUCCUUUCCCCCGGUGGAGUAGUAAGAGUUGUGCCCAUGUGUGUUAAAGCAAUAUGGGUGACACAAACACUUGAUGGGGCUGGCUCAAGUGCCUUUUGGAGGAAGCUAUGGAAGGAGGCCUGGGGAUUACCCCCCCCCUUUUUUAAGGAUCCUAAAUCUUGAGGGUGGCUUCCAUGUAGCCUGAUUUUCUGAUUGCCUUCCCCCAUUGCCACUGGAGUUCAAAUAAAAGUGGGUGGGUUGGAAGUUCUGGGUGCCAAAAAGUGGAUCAGCACUGUGCCCUCUUAGGAGUUCAGCUAGCUGCUCUGAGUCAAGAUCAGACUUGAGUUGGGUCACAACCUGCUGAAGAAGUAAAUGAAACUGGAGUCUGCCUUUUAUCUCAUUCCUGAAGUGGGGAGGGGGAGUGUAUUUCCCCUGUACCUACCCACCCAAGUCCUAUCACUGUAUUGAGAUGAAGAUGGUUGCUUCCUCAUAAGGAAAGAAUAAGAGGAUUUUGUCUCUUCCUAAUGGCCCCCCACAGCCCAGAAUGGGGUGGGAGGGGCGGGGGGACUGCUUGUAAUGACUAGUGGAGCUAAUGUGGACUUUAUUUUAAUCAGUACUCUAAUCCCUAUGUCCACUUGUUCCAUGCCCCAGAGUUUGAUCGAUUACAAGUGUUUAUGUGUUUGCACAACACCUGUGUGGAUGUUUUGGAAUAUACAGUAAUGGCAGAUUGAGCCAAGCACCUCCUCUCUCCCAAACCCAAAGGGUUCUUGGGAAACUGAGUAGCAUCUCGGUGAUUUCAGGGGAUUUUUAUAUUGAGCAUUUUGUUAUUUAACAAACAGAGGGUUCUGGUGUUUCUGGCCUAAGCUGAGAGCUAGGGAUUCUUGAACAAUGGUCAUUUGGAAUGAAAUCACUCCUUCCCUUAAGGCGAAAGGUGUAAGGGAUCUCUUUGGGAAGUGCGGCAGUAUCUAUCCCUAUCUCCUAUCUUAGUCUGGGCAAGUUGGAUCAGUUACCUGUGUCUUGUGAGUAGGGUAGGAUAGUAGGAGGUGGGACUAGAUGAGAGCAGGGCUGGAAGAGUUGGUGUUCCCUUUAGUCCUUAAACUUGGGGAGCAGGGAGUCUGGCAGCAAACAUGGCUACUCUGUGUAGAUGGGCAAUGGGGGGCCAGAGAAGGAAGGAAUCCUCCUCUGAAGGGAGAGUAUUCAGUGAAGUCAGAAAGAGAUCCUUGGCUUUCAGAUUCUGCAGUGGCAGCAUGUGAGACUUUGCUCAGUCCUCCCAGUUUUAAUUUCACAUCCAUUUCACCUGGCCUGAAUUCUCUGCAUUCCCCCUCCCCUAUGUAGAGAAUGAUCACUGGGAGGGGGAGUCUUACCGAAUGUCAGCCAGCUUCCUGGGUGUCGGGGAGGGGAGGGGAGGGGAGCCGGGUUUACCGGACUCUAAAGGGUUUCCUUAAAUGUCAACAGUGAGGAGUCUUAUGAGAAGCAAGGAUGGAUUUAGAAAGAUGAACCACAAACAGCUCUUAAAAACUGGGAAGGCUUCUUCCCACCCCAUCCCCUCGCCUUUCAAGGCUAAUUUUGGGGGGAAUCAGGUUUUUUAUGGGGGUGGGGAAAAGAGUGGGAAAUGUGAAUGGGUUAUGUGCUGAUGUGUUCUAAGACUGCUUCUUCAGCUUUUGCCAGAGCAACCGAAGGAAUGGGAGGGAGCUAAUGAGUGUAUAAUAAGGGACCAGGCCAGGACAGCUCACAGCCAUCAACUGGCGUAGGGGGAAGCCUGUGGCUAAUUCUGUUGCAAUGGGUGCUAAGACUUUAGAGGAAGGGGUGGGUAGAUAGAAGGAGGGGUGCUGCACACCUACCCACCCAGGCCUAGGAGCCUCACCUAAUGGAAGAAACCACAGAAGAUUACAAGGACUCCUGGAUUGAAUCCUCACCACCCUCCUCUGUGCUGCAGAUACUACAGCUGGGAGGAAGGGGAGAUGAGCCAGUUUAAAGGGGAGUUGCUACAUCAAUGUAGCAUUGACCCAAAUUCCUAUAUCUCCAGCCCCUACCCUUCCUUUUUUGUCCACCCUAACGUCUGAGGGUCAUAGAGACCCCUUCACCAGCCCACAGCGGCUGUUUAGCUACUGAUUAUGCCCCUUGGCCUGGUGGCCAGAGGGGAAGUAGUCUCCCUGGCCCCCUAUUCCCAACUCCCUCUUCCCACCAUCCUACACAGGCCUUGGAGCUUUUAUUUUCACCAUCCUCUUCACCCUCUCACCCUCCCCCCCUUUUUUUUAAUACACUUAUUUUGCUAUUGGGGGGUGGGAAGGGAGUAACAGAUGGACAAGAAAUUUUAAAUGGUAGUUUUUAUAAGAUGUUAUAAACUUGUAUCUUUUUACCAUUCAAAGUGCAGUGUAUGUUCCUUUGUGACAUAUUUAGAAUAUUUAAAUAAAAUGGGGGUUUUCUACA